GAAUACAAAUUUUAUAAAUAAAAAAAUAAAAAUCGAUAAAUUUGAUUAUUAAUUAAUCAAAAUAUAAUGUGAUUUAUUCUAACGGAAAAAAAAAAAAAAGCCGACUAUUUUCUCACCUUAAAAGCUACAUACUGUCCUUGCUCUUGCUCUCUUCCCUCACGCAAGCAAAACCCUAGCUAGAGCCAGAAUUCUGUUUUGGAAGUAUCAAAUCUCUGAGAAUUUGAUAUGGCUACAAAACGGAUCAACAAGGAGUUGAAGGACUUGCAGAAGGACCCACCCGUCUCUUGUAGUGCAGGACCUGUUAGUGAUGACAUUUUCCACUGGCAAGCGACAAUUAUUGGUCCGGCUGAUAGCCCUUAUGCUGGUGGUGUGUUCAAUGUGACAAUACACUUUCCUCCGGACUAUCCUUUCAAACCUCCUAAGGUGUCUUUCAAGACAAAAGUUUAUCACCCCAACAUAAACAGCAGUGGCAGUAUCUGCCUCGACAUUCUCAAAGAGCAGUGGAGUCCUGCACUUACAGUUUCUAAGGUUCUAUUGUCAAUAUGCUCGCUGCUGACAGAUCCCAAUCCUGAUGAUCCUCUGGUGCCUGAGAUUGCACAGAUCUACAAGAAUGAUAAAGCCAAGUUUGAAGCAACUGCUCGAAGCUGGACACAGAAAUAUGCCAUGGGCUAGAAGGAGCUCUUGCUUUACCUGCUUAGUGAUCAAAAUGACUUUCUUAUCACUUUACUAUUCUCUUAAUAAACACAGAAAGAAAAGAUAGAACUCAAAGUGGCCUUGCGUUAUGAUCAUAUCUUCUAUAAUUUUCUCUUAGUUCAUGAAGCUUUGGAACGGUGAAAAUGCUUGUUUAAUUUAUAAUUCAUGCACGAGUUACCAUUAUAAAACUAAAGUCUGUUA